GAAAACCAGCGAGAGAGAGAAGCCCGCCCAAAACCAGUGGCGCCGUCCCACUCCACCCAACCCGCUGCGCACCCACCACCCCUCCUGCUGCCAGCGCCAGGGAGGGGGGUAUACCGUAUACAUAGCCAGCGCCCUCUCCCUCCUCCAUUGCCCACCCCCAUCGAUCGCCAGUUCGCCACGCACCCUCCAGCACUCGAUUACUACUCCCUCGUUUGUUCCAGGCAGCAGGCCAGCAGCAGCAACAACAAGAAGAGAUGAGGCUGAGCUGCAACGGGUGCCGCGUGCUCCGCAAGGGGUGCACGGACGCGUGCACCAUCCGGCCGUGCCUGCAGUGGAUCAAGGCCCCCGACGCGCAGGCCAACGCCACCGUCUUCCUCGCCAAGUUCUACGGCCGGGCGGGGCUGCUCAACCUCAUCGACGCCGCGCCCGACGCCGCGCUCCGCCCGGCCGUCUUCCGCUCCCUGCUCUACGAGGCCUGCGGCCGCAUCGUCAACCCGGUCUACGGCUCCGUCGGGCUGCUCUGGUCGGGCAAGUGGCACCUCUGCCAGGCCGCCGUCGAGGCCGUCCUCAGGGGCGCGCCCAUCGUCCAGAUCUCCGACGAGGACGCCGCCGCCGCCAGCCCCGCGCACCUGCACAAGGCCGCCGCCGCCUCGUGCUACGACAUCCGCCACGUCGCCCCCAAGUCGUCCAAGCCGCCUGCUGCUGCUGCUGCUGCUUCUGACGCGGCUGCGGCCGCACCGGCCGCCUCGUCGGCUCCGGCCGACGACGCCCAGAGCAGCAAAGGCGGCAGCGCCCUCCACAAGGUCGCCAAGCCCGGCCGCACGCGCUUCAAGCGCGCAUCGUCGUCGUCGUCCCCGUCGUCGAAGAAGCACACCGCCAAGAGGAGCAAGCCUUCCGGCACGGACGACGACGACGACGACCUGGUGAUGGCGGACCGCAGCCAUCACGACGAGGAACAGCACGUCCAGCUGGUGAUGGCGGACCACGCGUCGUCCGACGACGACACCCACCACCACCACCAGGAGGCGUCGGCGGCAUCGCUCGACACGGACGCCGAGGCCGCCUCCCACGUCAGCCAGGCCGAGCAGACCCCCGCCGCGGCGGAAGAGGAGGAGGACCACCUCCAGCAAGAGCAGCAGCAGCAGCCGGGCCUCGACCUCACGCUCGGGUUCGGACUGUUCACGCCCGUGCCCGCCGCCGCGUGCCCGCCGACGCCGCCCGUGGACUUCGGCUGCAGCCGCGGAGACUGUAGCGCCGCCGCCGAGGAGCCCGGGGUCGUGGGGUUCCAGUUCCUCUAGGCUUGAAGCUCUAGCAAGCGGCACCCUCAUCUCCUGUACAUGUGUUGCACAGACAGGCAGAGACGAGUGAUAGAGGUCGCCAUAGAGGAGCGUCCUAGUCUAUUUUGGCAUUAGGAACAAACUCAAGUUUUUUCCCCACCCCAAGUCCGUUUCGUUUAGAUUUAGGCCCAAAGAGAAGUAGGAGCACAACUCCUUACAAUUGUUAAAAUUAGGCUUCUUUUCCUUCGUUUCGUUUCUUGACUGAUAAAACAUGAUACAGUUCCUGUUUCUCUCUGUGAAGAAGAGGAAGAAGCAAAUUGAAACAAUGCCAUUUUAUUUCAUCAA